AUGGCAUCAACCACGAACAAUUCAACAAAUAGCCACAUUCUGUCUUCCGUGUUGGAUGACGAUACAGAAACCGCAAACAUGGGCGUACAUCUUGUUGUCGGGCUCACCACGCUGAUAUCUGUGUUCCUGAACGUACCCGUGAUAAUCAUAAUGAUAAGUGGAAGGUGUCUUGGGAAAACUAUCACCAAUAUCCAUAUACUUAGCCUGAGUUUUAGCGACCUGCUCACAUGCGUUUCCCUUCUUCCGGUGUACCAGUCCUUCACAGUUCGGCAGAUCUCCUAUAAUGAAUGUUGGGUUAGACUUUGUGUUUUCUGCUUUGCAAUUGCAGUUUCAAUUAUUCAUUUAUGUUUCAUCUGUCUUGAUAGAAUUUGGGCAAUCCUGAGAAGUGUUCCAAUAUCUUUGAAACAAGCCCGAAUUCGGUUUUGGAUCAUUGUAUUUGCGUCUUGGUCCACCUCCGGUUUAAUCACCAUAGCUCCAUUCACUGUUUAUGGAAAGAAUUACAAUCUAUCACACUGCGCGGUCAAAACACUUUUCUGUAACGGAGCAACCCCAUUACUGAAAUCAUGGUCAUUGCUUCUUUUAUUCGCAGAGAUUUUGAUUAUCGGUUCGAGUAUUUUGAUGAGUUUAGUUUUGUAUAGAUCCAUCUAUCGGAAGAGAAUAUCUAGUCACACAGGUUCGAAGAAUAUUGUGCACCACAGACGCGUAUCUGUCAACGAAAACUCGGAAAGAGAUGAGAAAACGUCUUCAAAUUGUAGGUUGUUUUAUGGUAAUAGGAUCGACAGAGGGUUACAGAGAGAAAGUGUAGGAACCAGGAAGGAGUCUCCACCAAGGAUGCAUAAAACUGGUGUUAAAGAAGCAUGGGGUAAAAAAGUGAAACAUGCGGGAUAUUGUCCUAGUCCGUCUACUUCACAAGAAUUUACCCCAGAAGCACAAAGAUCUAGAAUUCUGGUUGAUUCAAAACAUAGUACACAAUAUCAUUAUCUUAAAAAGGAACGCGAUGAAUUGCCUCUAAGCGUGCAAUAUCUAAAGUCGUUGACUGCCGGGACACCCACGCAGCGACAACGGCGCCCCCGAACAACAAAGCACCAGGUAAGGGCAGUAAUUACGCUGAUCAUUCUAGCGGUCAUAUUGUUCAUAACAAUGACACCCAUGAUUGUAGUUGUGGUGUUUAUGGAAGGAUGGUUUGAGGAUUUCGUGCUCUCCAGACAAGUCCGACAUAUUCUGGUCUAUUUGGGAUGUUUAAACUCAGCCUUUAAUCCUAUCAUUUAUGCCUCCCGCAUACCGGAAAUUCGUACACGUCUCCUCACUUGGAAGGACAAAAUGAUGUGUCGAUAUCAUUCCAAUGAAAGACAUUAA